CCUUAUCCUUUUUCCCGAGUCAGAUAUUCUCCUUAUUUUGCGGAUCCCAUUCAUGCAGUUUCCAAUUAAAUAAUGAUUAAAUCCAUAUUGACUCAAAGACCCACAAAGCUUUACUGGUGCUACCCUUUGAAUGAAUUCAGAGCAGCAUUUUGUGUCCAAAAGAAGAGGAGUAAUAGGACAGAGGUGAUAAAGGUGCCAAUAAUGGGGAUACCUGGUGUUGAUAGAGAAUUGAAGAAGAUUUUGAAAGCUAACAUGGAUGAAGUUGGUGCUAGAAGGCGUGCACGUGAGGCCUUCAAGAAUAUUCAGCUUGGAAUUGAUCAUAUAUUGUUUAAGACUCCAUGUGAUGGAAUAAAAAUGGAAGAGUCAUAUGAGAAGAACUCAAAGGGCCUAGAAAUCUUCUGCAAAAGUUGGCUUCCGAGUGCAUCUAAGCCAAAAGCAGCAGUGUUUUACUGUCAUGGUUAUGGAGACACUUGCUCCUUUUUCUUUGAAGGAAUUGCUAGAAAGCUGGCAUCAUCUGGAUAUGCAGUUUUUGCCAUGGAUUAUCCAGGAUUUGGUCUCUCAGAAGGACUCCAUUGCUAUAUUCAUAGUUUUGAUGGACUUGUUGAUGAUGUCAUUGAGCAUUACUCAAAAAUCAAAGAAAAUCCAGAGUUCCAUUCUCUUCCCAGCUUCCUAUUUGGACAGUCCAUGGGUGGAGCUGUUGCAUUAAAGAUACACCUGAAACAGCCUAAGGCAUGGGAUGGUGCCAUUCUUGUUGCGCCUAUGUGUAAAAUUGCAGAUGACAUGGUUCCACCAAAAUUCCUCACUCAUAUCCUGAUUGGUUUAGCCAAUGUUUUACCGAAGCAUAAGUUAGUUCCAAACAAGGAUUUAGCAGAAGCAGCAUUCAGAGAUUUGAAGAAGAGGGAACAGACUGCUUACAAUGUUGUUGCUUACAAGGAUAAACCACGUUUGAAGAGUGCUGUAGAAAUGCUUAAAACUACCGAAGAAAUAGAACAGCGAUUGAAAGAAGUAUAUUUUGAUCUUCUGGCUUAUCUAAACUAGGUGGUUGGAGUUGGUGAAAAUUUUGGUUUCUCUACCAAUAUUCAUCCUUCACGGGGAAGCUGACACUGUGACUGAUCCAUCAGUGAGCAAAGCCUUGUAUGAGAAUGCAAGCUGUUCAGACAAGAAGCUUCAGCUUUACAAGGAUGCCUAUCAUGCACUUCUUGAGGGUGAGCCUGAUGAAAUAAUAACUCAAGUUUUUGGUGACAUCAUAUCUUGGCUAGAUGAGCACAGCUUGACACACAAUCAAUCUUCCUCUUAAUACCGAUUAAUUAUUUUUGCUCUCUGGAUUCAAAAGAUGAAUAUUCAUUCAGCUUGUUUUCAGCAAUGGAAAAUAGAAAGUUGCUAUUGUUUCCAUAAAAGUAACUAGAGUAUCAAAUUUUGAACUUGUCUGUUGUUUGCAACUUAAGUCAGUUACUAGACAUAACCUUGUUUUUAUGUAAAGAACCUAUUUUUUUUUUCGAUAAGCUAUGUAAAUAACAUAUAAUGUUUAUAUCUUUACUUAAUAAAGAAAAGAAAAUAUAGUAGGAACACAGAA